AUGUUGAAGCUACAUGUGGUACUCCUAAUAACUGCAUUUGGAACACUAACUAUAUUUCUAAGUGGCGAAUUUAUAUCUGAUUAUUUAUCGUUAAUGAUGUAUAGGGAAAUAAAUGGUAGUGAUAUAUGGAUAAGAUCAGCGGAAAGACAAAACAACAUAUGCGCUACAUUUCAACGAUUAAGCAAUGCUAUUAUUGAAAUAGAUGUCAAAGGGCAUAGUAUUCAAUUAAUACAAAAUAAACAAAACGCUCCAAAACAUUUAAAUGUAUUCGUCGUUCUGCACUCACAUGUUGAUCCCGGAUGGUUGUAUACAUUUGAAGAAUAUUACAGUACUUCAGAUCAUCCGGUUCGAAAAAUUUUAAACAAUAUUGUAAAUUCACUUAGAAAAUAUCCUAAGCUACGAUUCAUUUGGUCUGAAAUGUCAUUCUUAGAACGAUGGUGGUCAGAAGCUAAUACUACUUAUAGGAAUUAUUUUAAAAGCUUAAUAGAUGAAGGCCAUUUGGAAAUUAGUGGGGGCCAUUGGGUAAUGAAUGAUGAAGCAACUCCAUAUUUUUGGGAAGCAAUCGAGAAUAUCAUCGUUGGACAUCAAUAUGUACACGAAAUAUUAAACAUUACACCAACAACAUCAUGGUCAGUUGAUCCAUUUGGUCAUGGACUUAUGAUGCCAUAUCUGAUGAAAUUAGCCGGAAUUAAUCAAAUGGUAAUCGGUCGAAUUAAUUCAAAUAUCAAAAAUAUAUUGAAGCAACACCAUCAGCUACAUUUCCGCUGGGCGCAAAAUUGGGAUUCGCAACUUCAUUGGGCUCCACUUGUUAAUGUAUUGCCAAAUGCAUAUUACACAGUAACUAGUGCUUGCGGAACAGAUGAAAUGAUUUGUUGCCAGUUCGAUGUUUCUAAGACAUCUCGGUCAAGCUGUAUGGAACGGGCAAAAGUUGAUAAUGUGCAAAAAAUUGCUUUAUAUGGUGAGCGAAUGGCAAAUCAGUAUCGCUCAUUACAAACAUUUUACAAUUCAGAAGCAGUAUUAGUAGCUGCAGGCGAUGAUUUCCUCUAUUCAGACUCUGAUGACUUGAAAAUUGUUCAUCGUGUUUACAGUGCGCUAUUCAAAUAUAUUAAUCGAAAUUAUGAUCGCUUUAACAUGAGGGUGCAAUUUGGUACGGUAGCGGAUUAUUUCAAAUCACUGAAAGGAAACGCGAAAAGGCGAGCUUCCAUACUUAGUGGUGAUUUCUUUCCUUACAUGGAUAAUGCAUUUAGUAAUGCACCAUUCUGGACUGGCUUCUACAAUCAUCGAGCAUACUUCAAAUGCUUCGAAAGAAUUAUUCAAAGAGAGCUUCGUUUGGUGGAUUUAUUAAGUGUCGCAAUCGGGAUUUAUCUUAACAGUGAUGUGGAGAUUGCACGAAGGAAUCUAGCACUUAGUAUACAUCAUGACGCAAUUACGGGUACCAGUAAACGUCAUGUUAUGGAUGAUUAUAUGUUAAGAUUACGGUCAGCUUUACAUAUAAUAUUAAAAGAACAGGAAAGGUUGUUAAGCAUUUCUGAUGAGACUUUCACAACACUGUUUGUUAAUAAUUCGGUAAAAACAAAAGGGAUGUACUUACCUCGCAUAACUUUUUCAUUUGCCGAUGGUAUCGAAAGUUACAAAAUUCAAAUUGUUAGUCAAAAAACAUUCUCAACAAUGGAAUUAGUUAAAAUCAAUGUAUCAUCGCCGUUUAUUACUGUAACACAUAAUGAUAAGUUAUUAACAAUACAAGUGGUACGAAUAUUAAAGCAAUCUGAUCUUUUUGAAUUAGUUUACAAUGACGGAAGUAUGGAAACAAAUUUUGCUUUGUAUUUUAAUCGAAUUAACGAUUAUGGUGGUGCAUAUACCAUGGUAUCAGCAGGACUAUCACUUGAGAAUAUCACUGAUAAAAAUCGAUUAUCACCAACCAUUAUUCAAGGUCCAAUUUAUUCAAGUAUAACACAGCAAUUAUCAUCACAAUUAGCAUAUAGUAUUACCAUUAUUAACUCAACAGAUGAUAAUGCUCGUUCAAUUCAAAUUGAUCUGUUUACAAAUGUUACUUUAUCACCUGGAUAUGAUAGAAAGAUGAAAUUGGAAGCGAAUAUUUAUCCAAUGAUAACCGAGACUGUAAUCGAAGAUGAUAAGCUUCGUUGCACUGUUCUUGGAGCACAAUCAACUGGUGUUACUGCUAAAAUGGGUUUAGUUACUCUAAUGGUAGACCGAGAAAUGUAUAAUGAUGAUGGGAAAGGUUUGGAUUAUUACGAAGCUAGUGAGAGUCAUCCAUCUCAUCUGCGAUAUCGAAUUAUUUUUGAACCAAAAACAUCAGAAAUGAAAAAUUUUGAUGAUUUGAAAACAAUUGACAAAAACGAACUAGAAAAUAAAAGUUCACCAAUGAAUACGAUGUAUCAUUCACAACUUGUGCAACAAACAUUGGAGGAAUUACUUUAUCCCGCUGCUCUAUUCUUAUCAUCAAGCAUCAAUUCAACUGAUAAUAAUGAAAUGUCAUCAGUAUUAAUCGAUUUGCCACGUUUACCUGAUAACAUUCAACUUAUCACUAUUCGAUAUAUAGCACGAAAAACAAUAUUAUUAUCAAUGCGUCAGUUACCAUAUGAUUGUUCAGUAGAGCUAUAUUGUAAGAGCGACAGUAAUACGGUAUGA